AUGAGUGUUGGUGGUUUGCUAGGUACCGGUGUACAUGGCAGCUCUCUUUGGGGCCUGGGAAGUGCAGUGAAUAACUAUGUAGUUGAGCUUCGGAUCGUCACACCAGCUACAGAAGAAGAAGGCUAUGCAAAAGUCCGGACCCUUGACACUGCUAAUCCUGAGUUCUAUGCAGCUAAAUUGUCACUUGGAGUUCUUGGAGUCAUUUCACAGGUUACUUUCAAGUUACAACCAAUGUUCAAACGCAAUAUCACAUUUGUAGAAAAGAGUGAUUCAAACUUGGGAGGUCGUCACCCAAGGAAGAAAACAUGAAUUCGCAGAUUUCUC